AUGGGUCUGGCCGGCAUUCAAGUCACGGCUGAUGGGAGCUUCACUGUCGCGAACAGAGGACAACAAGACUGUCAACCAUCAGAGCAUGUCGGCCUCACCUCUGAGAUCCCAGCCGCUUCACAGACUCCUCAGCCGGAGGUGGCCCAGGCCAUCGAGAUCCCGAUCGCCUGGCAACAAACGCCAUCUCUGGCCUGUCUUUCAGGGUUUUCACAAGAGGGCCAGAGUCCCAAACCAGAUGCAGACACCGAGGAGACUGCAAGACUGCUCGCCUGUAUCGGUUCUUCCUUUGUGCCGAACAUGGGUGCGAUUCAUGAGACUGAGGAGUUCCACUUUGACAAGGUUAAUGAGUAA